AUGUCAAAUGUCCGCGAUAUUGCAGGCGAUAAACCCACCUAUUUCGACCUCAUAUAUUUAGUUCAUCCCAGUGAUUUCCUUCCCGCUGAUCAAACACCCCGGGUCAAAGGAACAUCGACUGUUGCUGAGGAUCCGAACGCCGCGCGGGCUCGAUCCUUUCGAAUGAAUGUUGUAUGGGCCCUUGAUAGAGGAAACCUUCAAAGUGCAUCUGCUGGCGUCAAUCGACAUGCACUCGAAUACUUUGCUCUAAACACCAGCGAGCUCUACGACCUUCAGCACCAUAAGGACCUACUUCUGGCUGAAGCCUCGGCGAUGGCUGCGCACCUCCACGAGGAUCGAUGUCACAUCGCCUUCUUUACCCAUACUCUAUCUCGCCCCAAUGUCGAUACAUGCGAUGCGCACGUUUUGCCUCGAAUGGCAAAGACAGCAAAACUAGUUCUAGCCGCUGAUCAAGCGAGCUUUGAUUCAAUCAGCAGCAAUAUUGGUCAUUUGAGUGCAAUCAUCAGGGAGCAAGCUGAACGGGCUUGUCACCACGAGCUAUAUCUCCCGCGAGCGCACACUCCACCAGUAGCACAUUCAGCUACUUGGUACGUGACUCGUUUUAUCUUCCGCUCGACUGUAGUACUUGCAACACACGACAACGAAACAACCACCUCCGAAUGCCUCGAUUCCGACGAAGAGGCUGAUGAAGAAGAUGGUGAAGCAGGUCGCGAAGCGGGUGACCAAGACCCUGCACCUCCUACUUACGACGCUGCUUCACAAGACGCAUCUUAUUUUUAUGAUUGCCAAGGUUCAUCUCCGAAAAACAGUAUCCAUAAAAUUCUAAAUCAAUCGACUACUCCAGCUGUUACAAUUCUGCCAGCUCCACAUACAGAGAGAAGUAGAACAUAUGAUAAUAAUCAAGUAUAA